UACCCAGGCAUCUAAAAGGCACGACGAGUAGGAGGUUAUUGCACCAACACCACCGGACAAAAUAUCAAUCAACUUGCGCAUUCACCUUUGACUAACUAUCAUGUCCGCCACAACGAAUGUCUUAAUCACCGGUGCAACUGGAUAUGUCGGGGGCGCUGUCCUUGAGCUGCUUCUAGAGCACCCUACAGCGUCGUCGUCACAGUUCACUGCCCUUGUGCGCUCCCCUGAAAAGGCACAGAAGCUUGAAGCUAUCGGUGUUCAUGCUGUUGUGGGAUCUCUUUCCGAACUCAGCAAACUAGAGCAACUUGCCUCCGAAUCCGCUGUGAUAUUUGCUUGUCAUUGCUUCUUUGGUUUUAAUCGCAUUUUCCAGGCGGACUCCGAUGAUGAGUCAGUAACCAAGGCUAUUUUGGCUGGGCUGAAGAAACGCUAUGAAUCGACAGGACAAGCUCCUAUUUUGAUUCACACCUCCGGCACUGGUGUUCUGACGGAUAAAGCUGCUGGAAUGUAUGCUUAUGAUACCAUUUACGACGACACGGACGUCGAACAAUUAGAGACUCUUGCAGACACACAGCUUCACAGAAACGUUGAUCUCUUGAUUAUCGAGGCUGAUAAACAAGGAUACGCACGCACGCAUAUUGUACUUCCCUCUACGAUCUAUGCCCGUGCGACCGGUAGAUUCGUCCAGCUUGGCAUCCAGAAUCCAAAAUCGAUGCAGAUUCCGUGUCUUAUUCGGAGCAGUCUGAAGCGUGGGCAAGGUGGCAUGAUUGGCGACGGCCAAAACCAAUGGGCUAAUGUCCACAUUGAUGAUAUUGCAUCCUUAUAUAUUGUGCUAUACGAAGCCAUCUUGGCUAACGAGGCAGGGCACGGUCGUGAAGGCUUGUACUUUGGGGAGAACGGCGAACACUUGCUGUACGACGUCGGUAAAGCGGUUGCCGAAGCUCUAUAUGACCUGGGUAAAGGCAGGAGCCCAGAGCCCACAACGGUGACUGAGGAGAAGCUCAAGGCUGAUCUCUUUGCUGUAUACUUAGGCUCUAACUCCCGUUGCCGCGCCAGUAGAGCACGAGCUCUUGGCUGGGAGCCAAAAUACACUACGAAAGACCUACUUGCCAGUAUCAAGCCCGAGGUAGAGGCUAUGUUGAAGGAAUGACUUUGAUUGUGAGUUUAGGUAUGCUAAUUGGUCUAUCCUUUUAAAUUGCAUUGGUUUGAGGGUCAAGGAGUAAUUUUGUGCAUAUGGUUGAAGUUUGACAAUGUCGUGACACUGCGUAUUUGUCUGUUAUAGUAAAAAGUUAUUCAUGAUCAUCAUCAUGUUGGAUCUCAUACUUAAAGUUUGCGAUACAAAACAUAUUUCAACUACAAGUUGAUCUCACUUUGCUCUUAUAUAGUCACCUACCGUCUAUCGUAUACCCUCAGUUGUUCUGAUCACACUGAGGGUAUGACAUUCCAUUUCUACAGUAUUUCUC